AUGGUAGAAGAGGAAGAAAAAGGAGAAAGUAAAGAAGCCAUGGAAGUUGAGGAAAAUGAGCAUGUGUGCCUGCCAGGAAUGUGCACAGUAGAGGUGAGGAAAGAACCUGUACCAAUAAGCUCAAGCUCAAGCUCAAGCUCCAGCUCCAGCUCAAGUUCAUCGAGUGAAAGUGAUAGUGAGGAAGAAGGAGAAGGUAAAGCCAGAGUGAGCGGGUUUGAAAAGGAGUUACAAGACUUACAAGAGAAGAUGGAAACAACAGAAAUGGAAAACCUGCAAAGUGGGGUGGAAGAAACAGAGGAAGAAAAGCAAAUAAAUGAGAUGAUAAGUAAGGAGGAGGAGGAAAUUGCUAAAAUUACAGAAAAGUUGGAAGAGUUAAAUAAAAACGAAGCAGAAUGGAAGUUGCACAAAAUAGAUGAGGAGUACUUGUCAAAACCAACGCCAAAAGCAGGAUGGGCAGAAGCACUACAAAAGAAGAAACAGGAAGAGCAGGGGAAGAAGAAAUUCCAUCCGGAGGAUCCUCGGUUCCAGCUGCGUUGCAGGAAAUGUAACCAGAGGGGACAUCAGACAUCAGCAUGCACUGGAGAAAAAAGGAGGAGAAAGCAUUAG